CGGGGAAGGAGCAGAAGAAGAAGUGACGGAGGAGGAGUGGAGCAGCCGAGCGGCUGAGCUCAACGCGUUGCAGGAGGACGGUCGACACUGAACCUGCAGCCGCAAAUCAGACAGUCGUAGCCGCCUCCUCGAGUUGACCAGUCAGUGUGCGCCAGGACUUUCUGCGGUGCAGGUCGAGAGUGUGUAUCGACCGACAGAGGAGAACCCGUCUGUAGAUGUUUACAGGUCAAACGCUGUCCGGAGAAACCGCCAAAGGCAGACGCGAGCCCCAUGGCUUGCUUCCUGUCGGACCGCGACGGGCUGAGAGAGAGCGCGGUGCGGUGGAUUCGGGAGGAGGCCCGGUCGAACGCCACGGCGGCCGACGCGCUGCUGCGGACGUACUUCGAGACGUACGACGACGGGGACUCGGAGCUGGAUUCCGAAGAGUUCCUGAGCUUCCUGAAGCACAACGAGACGACCCUCAACCUCACGUACUCCAACACUCUGCUGAGAUCGAGCUCUCGGAUGAAAACGCCGACUGGAAGCUGAGCUUGACGGAGUUCAUCAACUGUCUGACCCCCACCUACCAGCCCUACGAGAGAAAGUGCGCUCUGGAGGACGAGGUGCUGGAGGACGGUGCCGAGACCCGGAUGGAAUGCAACAAGUGUGUGUGCGCGUGUGGAAACUGGGUCUGCACGGCGUUGACCUGCAAUGGAGAGCAUCGGAUGGAGGAGGACGUCGGGGAAGGAGCAGAAGAAGAAGUGACGGAGGAGGAGUGGAGCAGCCGAGCGGCUGAGCUCAACGCGUUGCAGGAGGACGGUCGACACUCAACUGCUGCAGCCGCAAAUCAGAUAGCCGCCUCCUCGAGUUGUAAUAGAACUAUAAAAAUUAUAGUUUAUAUGUUUACUUCUUACAGGUUUAACUUUUAUAUGCUUUAUUUUGUGCAUUCGGGUUGAGAAUAAAUGUUGGAAAUGAACUCCUUCUCUAAUAAACACUUUAUUGUGCAGCAAACUAA